UACAUGACAUACGAUCCCUAAUCUCUAUGUAGAUAUUCCUUCACGCACACACCCUCUCUCUCUCUCUCUCUCAUCACAGACAUAGACUUUCGUAGAUCAACAAUUUCAUCUUUUCUCUGAGGUGCCCUACGUGAGAAACCCUAAAACUCUCUAAAUUCGGCAGUUUCGCCCCGAUGCACCCAUCGAACGGUGGAGCAGUUUUGAAUUGUUUCUCAGAUUUUCGAAAUCCAAUCAAUCCAUCCCUAUUCUAUGAGGAAUGAUUCUUAUAUGAAGUUAGAAUAAGAAUGAUUUUCGAUCCGGAUAAGGCCUGAUUCAUUCCAAUCAUGUGGUUUUCCUUCUGGCGAUCAAGGGAUCGUUUCUCUUUGGAUGAACUCAGAUAUCUAACUGAUCAGUUGAUGAAGGUUCAAGUUGUUAAUGAAGUUAACAAGGAUUUUGUCAUCGAGGCAUUGAGAUCAAUUGCGGAGUUGAUAACUUACGGAGACCAGCAUGAUUCAGCCUUUUUUGAGUAUUUCAUGGAGAAGCAGGUCAUGGGGGAGUUUGUACGUGUGCUAAAGAUUAGUAGAACCAUUACUAUCUCUCUCCAGUUGCUGCAAACAAUAAGCAUAAUGAUCCAGAACCUCAAAAGUGAACACGCUAUCUAUUAUAUGUUCAGUAAUGAACAUAUUAACUAUCUUAUAACUUAUUCCUUUGACUUCCGCAAUGAAGAGUUAUUGUCUUACUACAUAUCCUUUUUGAGAGCAAUAAGUGGAAAGUUGAACAGGAAUACAAUUUCUUUGCUUGUUAAGACUCCAAAUGAUCAAAUAGUUGCUUUUCCGCUAUACGACGAGGCAAUAAGGUUUGCAUUUCAUGAAGAGAGCAUGGUACGAACAGCUAUACGCGCUUUGACACUCAAUGUUUAUCAUGUUGGAGAUGAAUGUGUGAAUGACUAUGUCAGCUGCGACCCUCAUGCCGACUAUUUUUUGAACUUGGUUAAAUUUUUCCGAGAACAGUGCAUAAGUUUAAAUACAUUGGUGUUGGAUGCUUCGAAGAACAGUGGCCCUGUAUCAACUUCUACCAUUUUCUCAGCUGUAGAUGAAAUUGAAGACAAUCUUUACUAUUUUAGUGAUGUUAUUUCUGCCGGGAUUCCUGAUGUUGGGAGGAUACUAACUGACAGCAUCUUGAAACUCUUGAUAUUUCCAUUGCUUCUUCCUUCACUGAGGAGAGAGGAUGUUGAUGGAAUGAAGAUCGGUCCCAUGACUUCUCUGUAUUUACUAUGUUCUAUCUUGCGAAUAGUCAAAAUUAAAGAUUUGGCAAACUUGGUUGCUGCUGCUCUUUUCUUUCCUAUUGAAGCUUUUAUGCCGCGUUCUGAAGCCAAACUCAAUGGCCAUAUGCCCGGUACUGGCUUUUCUCAUGAAAACCAUAGUCCGGACAAUGAUAAACUUAGCCCAGAGGUGGUUAGCAGAAGUUUAAGAGUUACCGUACCGAACUCCAGUUCUGACAUUAACUUGCAAGAUGAUGUCAUACGACAUAAUAUUAAUGGUUUGAAGACAGCUUUAAGGGAGGCUUUGCUGUCUUAUGUUACUAGUGGGGAUGAUGUUCAAGUCUUGGGUUCGUUGAGCGUGUUGGCUACAUUUUUACAAACUAAAGAACUGGAUGAAACAAUGCUUGAUGCCCUUGGAAUUCUUCCACAACGCAAACAACAUAAAAAACUCUUACUGCAAGCUCUGGUGGGUGAGGGCUCGGGCGAAGAGCAGCUUUUUUCUUCAGAAAGUAGCUCGAUGAAAGAUGGCAUCAGUAAUGAACUUGAUUGCUAUUUGCAAAAGCUUAAGGAUCAAUAUGGGUUGUCAUGUUCUUGUCCAGAAGUUGGAGUGAGCCCUCGUGUACACAGAUUUCAAGUUCUCGAUGCCUUGGUCAGUCUUUUCUGCCGGUCAAAUAUUUCUGCAGAAACAUUAUGGGAUGGAGGUUGGCUUUUGCGGCAGUUGCUUCCUUAUAGUGAGGCAGAGUUUAACAGUCAUCAUCUAAAGCUGCUCAAAGAGUCAUACAAGAACUGCACUAGUGGUCUACAUACGGAGGCUAGAGGAACCUGGUCUGAUGUACUUAUAACAGUCCUUUGUGAUGAGUGGAAAAACUGCAAAAGAGCAAUUGAGGCUUCGUCACCUCGGAAAGAGCCCAAGUGCUUGCUAUUCCCGUCACAGAAGUGUUCUUCUGAAGCUAUUCCUGGUGAGUCGUCUUUCGUCGCUGGUGAAAGAAUGUGCGAGUUGGUGAAGGUAUUUGUUCUACUCCAUCAAGUGCAAAUUUUCUCUACUGGUGGAGCUUUGCCUGAUCAACCGCCCAUCCACCCUCCCCUACAUGUCCCUGAAAAGCCCCAAGCAAAAACUGCUGGUCUGGAUGUUUUUGGUCUCAAACCAGGGGCAGAAUUAAAAAUUGUUGAUGCAGUGCCUUGUAGGAUUUCAUUUGAGAGGGGUAAAGAACGCCAUCUUUGCUUCGUAGCAAUAUCUGUUGGAACGUCAGGGUGGAUUGUUCUUGCAGAAGAAUUGCCUUUGAAAAAGCAUUAUGGAGUAGUUCGUGUUACUGCCCCUUUGGUUGGCUGUAAUCCAAGAAUUGAUGAUAAGCAUUCAAGAUGGUUGCAUCUUCGGGUCCGUCCAUCCACUUUUCCCUUUGUGGAUACUUCUAAACAUGCUGCUCAAGGAAAGCUUAAGACAAAUGCUUUGGUUGAUGGGAGAUGGACGCUGGCAUUUAGGGAUGAGGAUUCUUGCAAAUCUGCUAUGUCUAUGAUUGUCGAGGAAAUAAAUUUACUGUGCAAUGAGGUAGAGAGAAGACUAAAACCUUUGCUCGACCUUGGAAUGACUCUAGAUUUGUCAAACCGUAAUAAGUCCUUACAUGUUUCUUCUUCAAGAACAUCACCAUCAAAUUCUUUGUAAGUUCUUUGUUAUUCUAAGUUUUUCUUUAGUAUUUUGCUUCAGUUAUGGGGGUGGAAAUAUCUUGUCUAACCACCCCAUAUCUGUAUAUGUUUAUAGAAGGCAAUCCUAGGUUCACAAAUGUACAUUAGAGCAUGCAAUUAGUGUCAUUCUUUGUAUAUUGGCAUCUCUUUUUCUUUCCUGUUAUGCAAGUUUUAUCGGUAUUUACCCUCUCCCCUGGUUCUGUAUUUAAUCCAAGUUUUUCCUUCCCUUUCUUUGUAACAUGUGUAAGAUUGAUAGACACUUGAUCUGAAGUAAAAGUUGCUAGUUUUUGUUCA